GGUUGUGAAAAACGCGAUACGUCAGUGGACGCGACUGCCCGUUGUCGGGAGGUUGAGACCAUGGCUCUGUGCCAAACGGAAUGCAGCCUUGUCAAGUCGGAGGAGCUCCUCGCCCAGCUUCGAAUUGACCUUUCCCAAUCGAAGGCGAGCUAUGCGCAAUUGGAGGAGCGCUUUAAACAACUAACAGACCGUCUAGUGGCUAGUGACGAAGAGAAAUCGCGUCUGGAGGCGGUCGUUGCGCAGUUGGAAAUGGAAUCCUCCACCAUCGACGAAUACGUUACUAUGUUUGCACACCGUCGACAACUUCUCCUUGAGAGGGCAAAGAUUAGGGAGGCGUUGCUAUCACGGUUAAUUCGGGAUCGAAAUGAACUGCGCCAACGCCUCCAGUCGCUCUCUGAAGUGGCCAAUGCUGUGAUUGCUUCUUCCUCUGUUCCAGGAUCUGGAGAGCAAGGCACUUGUGCAUCAAUGAGUGAUUUUGAAAAAUCCCUUUCCGAAUUCCUUUCCCAUUUGGCCACCUCCAACGCUGAUUACUCCCUGCAGUUUAAUGUGGAGGACAGUGAAGGGGAUGACGAUGUGAAUAAGUCUACGACCAUCGAGAAUGGAAGCACACAAGGCGGCUCGUUAGAUGAACAGCUGCGUCGAUACGUCUCCGCUGUCCACGACUGUCCGCAUUGUGAAUGCUGCUCCGGUUCCCUAAUGGUAGUCUAG